AUGGCUGACGAAAAAUCAACGAAGUACGUCACUCUGGUCUCUAACGACGGCUUCGAGUUCAAGAUCCUCCGUUCAGCAGCAUGCAUAGCAGGGACGAUUAAGAAGGCACUGGAUCCGCUGUCCGGCUUCAAGGAAAACGAGGAGAACACCGUCCACCUAGCUACGAUUAAUGGCGUAGUUUUGGAGAAAGUGUGCGAAUACCUCUACUACAACCAAAAGAACGCUGAAAGUAAAGAUGUCUCGGACAUGGAUAUUCCGCCUGAACUCUGCUUGGAGCUGUUGAUUGCGGCGGAUUACUUGGAUGUUUGA